UACGAGUAUAAGCAAACAUGCACGUGUGCAAACCUUCAUUAUCUGUCGAAAUACUGUGCGCGCACAAGCACAGAAAAUCUAUAAAAUCCUCCUGCCGCCCCCGCUCUGCCGGCGCCACGCAGGCGCGUUGUCACUGACGUCAGUGCAUCGCCGAUAUCAACCAUCAACACUCGCUGCAAAGAGUUACAACUCAGUAGUUAACCGUACAGUUAUCAACACUAAUACUGUAGAUAAUAAAUUAUUGUUGUCAAAGAUGACAUUCCGACGGUAUGCCUUCCUGGCACUCCUGUCGAUGACGACAAUCGCCUCCACCUGGCAGUUUGAGUUCAAGCAUCACGACAAUACUGAAUUACCGCUGGUUCUCAACGAUGUCCACCAACGGUGUCCACAUGUUACACGCGUUUACACUUUGUCCGAGAAAUCUGUCCGUGGAAUACCUUUGUAUGCUAUUGAAUUUGGUAUGCAACCAGGCAAGCAUCAACCAUUGAUACCUGAGUUCAAAUACGUCGCUAAUAUUCAUGGAAAUGAAGUGCUUGGAAGAGAAUUACUCCUCAAACUUGCUGACCAUCUAUGCUCGAAAUAUCUUGCAAUGGACGAUGAAGUUAUUAGCUUAAUUCGUUUAACCCGUAUUCAUUUGAUUCCCAGCUUGAACCCGGAUGGAUGGCAAUUGGCAACGGACACCAAAGAUGAGGAUGGAAGGCAAGACGUUGUGGGAAGAUACAAUAAUCAUUCCGUGGAUCUGAAUCGAAAUUUUCCUGAUUUAAACAAGAUUAUGUACAGUAAUGAGUUGUACCACAUUGAUCACAAUAAUCAUCUGUUAAAUCAAGUCAACAGUUUGUCUCAACCAUUGGAACCUGAAACUAAAGCGAUGAUUCGUUUAAUCAUGCAAAUACCGUUUGUUCUCUCCGCUACUUUUCAUGGAGGUGACAUGGUUAUUAAUUAUCCUUAUGAUGGCAGCCGUACUGGCAAAGAAGUGGGGGAAUAUGCCAAGGCACCUGAUGAUAGACUAUUCAAGAUGUUGGCUUUGAGUUAUGCAACACAUCAUACAGACAUGGCCGAUCCUACACGCGCAGCAUGCGACGCCAUUGAUAUACCUUUCGGCCGUCAGAGCGGAAUUACAAAUGGCGCCGCCUGGUAUAGCUUAAAAGGUGGACUGCAAGACUUCAACUACUUAUCAAGCAAUUGUUUGGAGCUGACUUUUGAGGUUUCCUGUCAAAAGUACCCACCUGCUGAGAAAUAGAGCGAAUGGGAACGCAACAAGCAGGCAAUGAUUUAUUACAUCUGGCAAACUCACUUGGGCAUUAAAGGCAUCGUAUACGAUAUGGAUGUGAAUCAUCCAUUAGCAAAUGCUGAAAUACACGUUGUGGAUAUUACGAAUGGAAAUGAUGAACAUAUUGGACAUGAAAUCACAUCAGCUCAUUAUGGUGAUUAUUAUAGACUUUUAGUACCUGGAAAGUACAAAGUCACAGCUUCGAGGGAAGGAUACCUGCCGAGAACAAGAAUUGUUAAUGUGCAUCCGCAUAAUAUCGGACAAGGAGCACUGAGGAUAGAUUUUCCUUUAACCAGACUUUCGUUUAGUAUUGAAUCAUUAGUUGAUGAAAUUACUUGUAGUAACAUUUUUUUAAAGAUGCAUAAAAUUAUUUUGAUUGUAUUUGUGGGGUUUUUGGUGAAACGAAGUUUAUCGCAAUCUUCUUCAGAGCUAUUAAAGAAUGAGCUGAGAUUUAUGCAUCAUAAUAAUAAUGAGUUAAUUCAAAUCUUAAAUGGUGUCAAUCAGCAAUGUCCAGAAAUUACUCAAGUAUUUGAGUUAAAUCCAUCGACUGUGAAUGGUAAUCGUUUGUAUGGAAUUAUAUUUGGAAUAAAUCCUUCGGCUCAUGAACCAUUAAUUCCGGAGUUUAAAUACGUAGGCAACAUUCACGGAAACGAAGUUGUGGGCAGAGAAUUACUCCUACGUUUAGCUGUUUACUUCUGCGAUGAAUUCCAUCGCGGUAAUCCUGAAAUUCAGCAGUUAAUACGCAUGACAAGAAUACAUUUGCUUCCAUCUGCAAACCCAGACGGUUGGGAAACAGCCACAAAUGCAAAUUAUGAAGAUCGGAAUUAUUUAACCGGAAGAGCUAACAAUAAUACAUACGAUUUGAAUAGGAACUUUCCACAGUUAAAUCAAAUUGUUUACAAGGAAAUGCAAACCAAUCCGGCAAUUAAUCAUCAUGUACAAAAUUAUUUAACUAAACUCGCUGAACCUUUGCAACCGGAAACAAAAGCCCUAGUUAAAUGGAUGUUACGUGAACCCUUUGUACUUUCGGGGUCUUUGCAUGGUGGUGCUUUGGUCGCCAAUUAUCCUUUCGAUGAAUCACGUCAUGGUGAAGGGAAAUCGUAUACUGCAUCACCAGACGAUGAACUAUUCAAAUCGAUUUCAAGAGAAUUCUCCUUGAAACGCCCAUCAUCAUACGCGGCAUCUCGUCCAAAUGGUGGCGAUGAAUGUAAUGCAUUCGAUGACUUCAAAGAUGGUGUCACCAAUGGCGCCGCGUGGUACAGUCUCGCCGGAGGCAUGCAAGAUUUCAACUAUUUAGCAACAAACUGUUACGAAAUCACACUGGAAUUGGGAUGUGUUAAGUACCCCGACGCUGAUGUGCUUCCCAGACUUUGGUUUGAACAUAAAGACGCUUUGAUUGCUUUUAUUUGGCAGACACAUAUUGGUGUCAAAGGCAUAAUAACGGAUGCCUAUACUGGUCAAGCAAUAAAAGAUGGGGUUAUACAUGUUGAUAGAUUUGAAAAUGGCCGCCGAAGUCCAAUUUGGCAUGAUGUUACAUCAGGCACUGAUGGAGAUUACUACCGAUUAUUGUUACCUGGCAGCUACCUUAUCACAGCAAAUAAAAAUGGUUACCAAUCUGUGACUAAAGAGAUUAUUGUUUAUGUUCGGUUACCAGCCGCAGCAAUGCAAAUCGAUUUUCAACUUCAACUUCGUAACUGUCGUUCUUUUAUCAAGCACAACGUAGCAAUGUAUAUUUAUACUUUAUUACUAUUCUAUUUUUGUGAUUAUGUCAGAUUUAUGAAUUGUCAGCUUUCCGCCACAAACACAGAUUUAAAAACUAACAUGAUUGAUAUUGGUCGACGUGUUGUGAAUGACAAUUCUACAUCAAUUGCAGUCAAGUAUAAAAGUGAUAGUGAAGUGCACCAAUAUCGAAACAAUAAACAAACUGGGAGUUUUUUAAUUGCGUUGCAAAAGAAAUGCCCGAAAGUAUCUCGGUUCUUUGCAUUGCCAGAUCGCACUUCUAAGGGUGAACCAAUUGUUGGAAUUACUUUCGGAAUAGUUCCGCAUAGACAUUUUAAAUUGAUACCAGAAAUAAAAUUGGUGUCAAAUGUAUUUGGUGGUGACCUGAUUGGAAAAGAAUUAUUACUAGAACUGGCGCAAUAUUUAUGUGAAGCAAGUAAUAAAAGAAAUUUGAAUGUUAUACAGUUAUUUCAAAUUACUAGAAUACAUAUUGUGCCCUGCAUGAAUCCUGAUGCUUGGUCAACCACGUUUGAGGAGUAUACUCGUAUUACCACUCAAGGUCGCAAUAAAAAUAUUAAUAAUAAUAAUCUUGUUAGCUGGAAUGCCAAACUAUUUAAUCGCUACGUCGACGAUUUAUUAUGUAAUAAUAUUUCAACAAGUUAUCAAUUACCAUUAUAUCUUAGUCAAGAGACUCGAGCGAUGCUCAACUGGUACCAAAGAGAACAAUUUGUCCUUUCAUUGGACAUCCGCUCUGGUGGAAAAAAGAACAAUUAUCUCACACCAUCAUCCAAUCCAUUGCAAAAUUUACGAGCACCUGAUAAAGAUAUAUUCAGAUACCUUGAAGCAUUAUAUAAAAAAUAUAAUCCUUCUAUUUUACCAUGGUGUGCAGGAUCCAAUCUCCCACGUACCACUAACGAUAUCAACAAUAUAAUAACAACAAAUACAGACUCAGCCCUAUCUAAUUACAACUACAAAAUUCUACACUGUUUGGAAAUACAAGUGCAAGUUGAUUGUCUCGCAAUCAUUCGUAAUCAACAAGAAUUUUAUAAACUUUGGUUGCUCAAUAAACCAGCUCUGCUGAAUUUCAUGUGGCAAGCGCACAAUGGAAUCAAAGGAAUCAUCUCCGAUUUCGACAGUAAAGAAAGCAUUCCUAACGCUUGUAUGAAAAUUUAUAAGAGUUCUGGAUUUAAAUCAGAACGGCUCGAAAGGAAUACAUGUUCAGCUGAAAGUGGUGAAUACUUUCGACCCUUAUUAAACGGCAUCUAUGUUCUAGUUCUACAUGUGAAAGGCUUUCACCAACUUACACAAACAGUUGAAGUAGAUAAUGCAAUUUAUUGCGGUGCGAAAGAAUUGAAUAUUGCUUUACGGAAAGCAUGAAUGAUUUAUGUAUGCGUUGCGAUUUUUGUUUUAUUUUUAUAAGUUAUUAAACGGUUAUUAAUUCGUUUACAA